AUGGCCGCCAUGCGUUCUCGGUCGGCCCUGCCCGCCCUGGUGCUCGCCGCCCUCGCCCUCGCCGCGUGCGGGCCGACCGCCUUCGUCCCCUCCCCGGCGGCGGCGCCCCCGAGGACCACGGACUUGAGCAGUGCUGCGUACGCUGCGGUGCUGUCGGCCGCCUCUGCCGUGCCAGCGCCGGCGCUGGCCCUCGCCUCCGAGGACGACGACGGCUUCGACGUGCGCAUCCUCGCCGUCUUGGCGCUGCCGCUGUUGGCCGCCUCGUGGGCCCUCUUCAACGUCUGGCGCGUGGCCUUCCGCCAGGGGGCCCGCAUCGGCGAGGGCGUCGGCGGCGGGAACUCGAAGAUCGGCCUGGCGCCCGAGGAGUGA